UGUAAAUAUGUAGCGCCAUGUGUUGCAUAAUAUUUGCUUACUGUGUUGAUUCAGAUUUACAGGACAUUGGAAUUUUGGACAGGGUUCGUAAUGCUAAUCAAGAAAUGUUAACGUUUUUGAAGGAUUUGGACAAUGUUACUCGACAAAAUAUAGAGCAAAAGGGGCCAUUUGACUUUGUGAUUGGUGUCUGCCAGGAGGACACUUCAGUUCAUUAUUGUUCAGGCAGGAUCAUUUUUCAGUAUUACCGUAUACUACAAUAUGCUAGGCCCAAAGAACCAGAUGAACGGCCAUUCUUUUGGAUAUUUGUGGAUCCAGAGAUUCUGACCCAAGUGGACAUUAAAGAUGCCUCACGCUUUCUGGAGUGUGAUCCUGUAAUUAUUCAUGAUUCUUGUGCGUCAGCAGUUCGGCUGUGGAGUAAUAUACCCUCGCUCAAAAGUAAAUUUGCUGCGGAUAUGUACAAUCCAGCUUGGGAAAACAGAAGGCAAAGCUCAGGAGAAACUUGCAUGAAAAUGGUCAAACAAUACUUGGUUCCACUGAAAGAUUAUUUUAAAAGUUACUUUUAAGAUCAUGUGCACUAUUCCCUUUAUGGUUGGCUGAUUCUGCUUUAAAAUCACAUUUCAACUUGUUCAAAGUUGUGUAUAUCUUUGCAGAUUGUAUUUGCUGAUCAGCAUCAUUUAGGAUUGAAUGUUCAAUUUGCAUGGAUUGAAAUUCUGUGUUUGCAUCUUUAUGUAGAAUUCAACCCUUUUGAAAUGAACAGAUUAAUAUCUGGCUUAAUAAAGCACACAGAGGAAUAGUGGAUUAGUGGUUCAUCCCUAACUUUGUUGAUCAGAAGGCAGACCACUAUUUUAUAAGACUGUGAUUCAAAAUAGCUAUACAAUAUUACACUGGAAUGUUCUUAUAGAACAAAGGCUCCAUUGUGCAACUUUUUUUGUUGCUGAUUGAAAACAUUUUUAUUUUAAUUUUUUUUAUUUUCUUGAUUGUUGCAUGGCGAGCUUACAAAUAAAUAUCAGUAAGUUUAAAGUAUUACAGAGUUGAUUCUUUUCCAGCUGAAGUAAAUGGGGCACAGUCUCCCCUAGAGACACAAUUCACCCAAAAUUGGCAAAAUCAGUGCAAAUAAUGGAGGAAAUCUAAGGACCUUACACCCAAUGCAGAUGAUGUUUUUCAAAUAGUUUGAAAAGGGACCCAGCCCAGCCUAGAAAUCUGGCCGUGCUCACCACUUGGGUGAACCAUGAUGACAAGCUGCUGUUAACUGUUCCUGUUUGAAUCUCUAUAACUGUAGCCUAACAGUCACUAAUAGACAACUUUUAAGUUUUAAAUGUUAAAAAAGUUGGACUUGCCAUGGAACUGCACACUGAACAUAACUGUAAGUAAUGUUUCUGUAUAGUCUUAAAGUUACUUGUAGUUACGCAAAAUUAUGCUGCAAACAGUGAACUACAAAUAUUAAAAUUGUGAUUAAACGUGUUGUAACUCUGUUAAUAAAA